AAGCUAGGGUAAUGCUUUUUUUUGAUCAUACAGUAGAGGAUUUCUUGAAGUGUCUAUUCGAACCUUCUUUGAAGAAUAUUAAGAAAGGAAGGAAAUAGGAAUUGAGAGCAAGCAAGCAAGCAAGCAAGCAAACAAGAUGUCUUUCUUACUACGAACCUCGAGAUUGAGCAUCGCUGCUGCCGCUCGACCGGCUGUUCCGUUGUCGACGAGAGGAUUCAUGAGUUCGAGCGUUAGGGCUUUGAAAGAGGAUGAUCAUACCGAGAAUCAGGGAGAGCAUAAUGAGAGGCAUAAGCAGGAUCAAUUGCAGAAGCAGAAGGAGGGGAAGGGACAUUGGAAGCCGGAGUUGGCGAGUAAUAGUGAGGAGGCUGUAGCAGCAGAUCGUCAAGCGGGCAGUGAUUCCAUUGAGGAGAUGCAGAAGAAGACUGCGGAUCAUGCGGAGAAGAAACAUAAGCAUGGCACCAGUCAGGAUCCGGGAUUCUGAUGGAAGGGACGGAAAGAUGAUUCUCUUCUUGGAAGUGUAUGAUAGCUUGAGAGAAUGAAAUUCCUGAAGAACAUUCCUUGCAUGCUGUUGUUGGGAAGUGAUUCGUGGUUCGUAGUG